AUGACUGGCAUCACAACCUUGAUUAUAGAUGGCAUUCUGGCCUUUCUCGUCAUCAGAAGCAUUUACCGGUUGUACUUUCAUCCUCUCAGCAAAUUUCCCGGCCCCAAGCUUGCAGCUGUUAGCAGUGCGUACGAGUUCUAUUACAACGUGAUAAAGAGGGGGACAUUCAUCUGGGAGCUCGAACGCCUGCACGAGGUUUACGGGCCCAUUAUCCGUAUCACUCCGCGAGAGAUUCACAUCAAAGAUUCGAAUUAUUAUGAUGAGAUUUACGCAUCCAGUUUACGGAGGCGAGAAAAAGACGCCGUUGUAGUGGAUAAGUUUGACCUUGAUGGUUCGGGAUUUUCCGCCAUCUCUCCAGAGGUACAUCGCCAGCGUCGUGCGCCACUAGACCGGUUCUUCUCAAAGGCAGCGGUUUCUAAAAUCCAAGACUCGAUUCAAUCUCGCCUCGAAAAGUUCUGCGACCACCUCCAGCGCGCCUAUAAUUCCCACAAAGUCGUUUCUCUCGAUGCAGGAUUCUCUGCACUGACAUCAGAUAUUAUACAUCAAUAUGCGUUCGGGUUCAACAGUGGCAAUCUGGACCAAGAAGACUUCAACGAGCAUGUCAGAGAUGGGAUUAACGCACUCUUUAUGCAGAGCCACAUUGCUUUCUUUUUCCCCAUCAUCUCAACCAUUAUGAAUGCGCUCCCACUUUCGCUUCUUGAAAAGCUCAACCCAUACGUUUAUGCUCUGGUAUCACAAAAAAAAGACCUUCACCGGCGAUCAGCAGAGGCCCUUGCAGGGAAAACUAGUAAUGGUUCGGUUAUUGAGAAUAUUGCUGGCCCUCAUAUGCCAGAGCAUAUGCGCACGCCCGAUCGCCUCGCAGCCGAAGGACUGGCGUUGAUCAUUGGAGGCACCGAGACGACUGCCCGAGCUCUUGGACUUGGCACAUAUCAUCUCAUCCGUAAUGAGAAUAUCAUGGCUAAACUGCGGGAGGAGCUGCGAUCUGUGAUGCCCACACCGGAGUCUAAACCUACUUGGAAUCAGCUUGAGCAGCUGCCUUAUCUUUCGGCUGUUGUUUUAGAGAUCCUGCGCAUCUCUACAGGAAUUGCAAGCCGAUCGCCUCGUAUAGCGCCAACAGAGACCUUGAUAUACAAGAACUUUUUCAUUCCACCGGGCACACCCGUCAGCGAGACCAAUUACUUCGUCCUCACGGACCCAGCUAUCUUCCCGGACCCUCACGUCUUCGACCCAGAAAGAUGGAUGCGUGCUACAGCCAAGGGCGAGCGAUUGGACCGGUACCUGGUUAACUUUUCCAAAGGUAGCCGAAUCUGCGUGGGAAUGAAUUUGGUCUAUGCUGAGCUUUAUUUGAUUAUUUCGACGCUUGUCCGCCGGUUCGAUCUGGAGCUGUACGAGACAACUGACAAGCACAUUGGCUUUGCUCGUGACUUUGGCACACCAUACCCCGUCGAAGGGAAUUUUAAUGUUCGAGUUAUGGUGACUAGGAUUAUUCGGGAGUGA